CACCAGCAAUGCGAAUUAUUUAUUGACAAUCGAUUUUCUAGAUAGCCUAAACAUUAUCUUCAGAUUGCUGUUAAGCAGACUUUGCUUACAUGAAUCACUUCUCCAUAUACUUCCCGAUGGUUUGCUGGCUAGCUAUGUAGAAUGACUGUUGUCUGAAAUAUAGAACCAGUAAGCUGGCUAGUCAUGUUAUUUCUUUCCGUCUAAAUCUGCAGUUAACUAAUCUAAAUUAUCCCACUCGACAAGUCUGUAGUUUGAAUUAUUACUGUUUCUGGUCGGGAUGGCGCGCAGAUUCUACGAUUGUAUAAUGUCUUAUUAUGAUAAGUCCCUGCCAUUUACAUUUUUUGUACAUUCUGGGCAGGUGUGACUGCAAACGAAUCUAUCGCUGUUACCAUCGCAGCAUUUCCGACACAAGCAAUGCCAGAGGCGCUGUCCUAAAAAAUUUCUUACCGAAAUAACAAUUGAUAGGGAAAUAACAUCAUAUAUGGAUGGCUCAGUAGGGAAGGUUGGAAUUGCACAAGUGAACCCAGUACACGUUCUUAUUUUUUGAAAAUAUGCUAUUGUAGUGUGCUUAUUAUGCUUUGUAGAGUCCACCAUGUCAAAGUUCCCUUCAGCGUAAAACUGGUUAUUAGUAUCAUAUGAUAUCAUGAAAGACACCCCUGAAACAACCCAUAAUAGAAUUCAGGGGAGAAUCCACAGUGAGGACAAAGGAAAACUGAAGACAGACCCGCCAUUCAAUGGAUUUAAGUGUGACGUCCUUGCUGUGCCUCGGCGCUUUGCUUUACGUCGUUGUGCAGCUGGUUCGUUUCGUCCGCGCGGAUGCUGAUUUCACCUUGCUAUGGGCUGUCGCCUUUGGAAACAAACCGGAGACUAAACUACGAGGGAAGGUGGUGUGGAUCACUGGGGCCUCCAGUGGUAUUGGGGAGGAGCUGGCCUAUCAACUGGCCAGACUGGGGGCUCGCCUGAUCUUGUCAGCCCGCCGAGAGAAGGAGCUGGACAGGGUGAAGCACUGCUGUUUGUCAUGCAGCACCUUGCUAGAAGAGGAUAUACUUGUUCUUCCUCUUGAUUUACUGGAAAGAGAUUCCCAUGAAGCGAAAAUGAAAACCGCCAUAGAGCACUUUGGCAAUAUUGAUGUCCUGAUCAACAAUGGAGGGCGCAGCCAGCGUUCCCUGUUCCUGGAAACCCGUUUGGAGGUUUACCAGGCGCUGAUGGAUCUCAACUACCUGGGCACAGUCUCACUCACCAAGCAGGUCCUGCCACACAUGACGCAGCGCGGGACUGGUGCCGUGGUGACGGUCAGCAGCGUGGUGGGUCUGGCGGGGGCGCCACUGGCCACUGGAUAUUCUGCUAGUAAACAUGCUUUGCAGGGUUUCUUCAACUCCCUGCGCACAGAGCUGACCGACUACCCUGGGAUCACCAUCAGCACAGUGUGUCCAGGGCCAGUGCAGUCUCAAAUCGUCCAUAAUGCAUUCACAGAGCAAGUAGACAAGCCCGUGUCUGCAGCCGGGGACCAGAUGCACAAGAUGCCAACCGCUCGAUGUGCCCAUCUCAUCUUGGUGGGCAUCGCCAAUCGGAUCAAAGAAAUGUGGAUCGCCAAACAGCCCUUUCUUGCAUUUUACUACGCGUGGCAGUAUGCACCCACCUUGGCUUGGUACUUAACAGACCUUCUGGGCAGAAAGAGAGUGCAAAACUUCAAGGCAGGACUGGAUGCAGACUCUGCUUACUUUUCAAAGCCAAAGACCUCCUGAAGUGUAUUUUCUGAAAAAUAAAUGAAAAAGACUAAUUUUUGCCCAAUCUGUUCCAUAAAUGUACAAUUCCCACCAGAUCUGUAAUACUUUCCUUUUCCUUGAAGUAAUGGUAAAUGGACUGCAUUUAUAUAGCGCUUUUAUCCAAAGCACUUUACAAUUGAUGCCUCUCAUUCACCAGAGCAGUUAGGGGUUAGGUGUCUUGCGCAAGGACACUUCAACACGCCCAGGGCGGGGAUCGAACUGGCAACCCUCCAACUGCCAGACAACUGCUCUUACCUCCUGAGCUAUGUCGCCCCAUUACCACUAUUACCUCCUGAGUUAAGUCAGGGUAAAAUAACAACCAACUUUCAAGGCUGAUUCCAUGUCACAGUUAAUGGAACGAGUGAAACAGCAGCUCUGCAAGUGUAAUGGAAGUGACUUUUUGUUCCCCCCUGCCUUCUCUCCGAUGAACAUUCAGCACUGGGCACACACGGGGAAAAAGGAGAGGGAUCAACAUGCUGGGGAUAAUGCAGCGCCUGACGUUGGCUCAUAUGGUCCCUCAUGCGGAGUUGGGAUGGGUUUAAGGGAAGGGAGAGCACUAAGAGGUUCUGAGUGGGCACAACCACAUUCUGUGGUAUUAGUGCCUGAGUGUUCGUUUCUAGGACCUCUCCAUUUCAGUGCAGCUGGGGUUUGUUUUACAGAUCUGCACCCGGGCAGCCGGGCUUUCAGCAAUUGCCCUACUGAAUGAUUCUGCUUGUCAAAACCGAAAUUAAAAGCAUUCUUCAUUAAAGAUGAAUUGUGACCAUGCAGUGAA